AUGAUUGACGAGAACUGGAGGUAUUUCGCCCCGGAAGGCGAUAUAACGCCCGGAGGACCAAGCUCAUGGUAUAUCCUUGACUGGGACCAACGACGUACUAUCGCAGUUACCAUGGAUGAGGAACAAGAGAGCGAAGAUGCUGCCAUCCAGCACCUUAGGAAGCACAUUGAUUCUCUGGGUACCGAUGUAUACGCCAUUCAUGUAUCGCAAGAUGGUGAUUUGAUCUCCGUCUCUACGAACCCCGAGGAAGACCAAGCAACCUGUGUUUACUACCCUCCGCUGAAGGAUUUUCAGCUACCCUCUCAUGUCAAGACUGUACUUCGUUCAGAACUGGUCGAAUUAGACCGACUUGGUCCAAAUGUCGACCAUGUUUCGUAUGCGCCAUGUGCUGAGGCAACUGAAACCAGCCAAGCAGUGUUCAAAUACUACUUCCUAUUACAAUUUAUCCACAAGGUGUGGCACGAGAUGAACUUGUGGAUGCGCCUUCCUCCAAACAAGAGCAUUGUUCCUUUGGAACGAAUUGUGUUGGACGAGCUAUACGGCCAUGUCGUCGGCUUCACAAGCCAGUAUGUCCCCGGUGGCACACUCAAGGAGGACCAGUCGCGCACCUUUAGGAUUGAGUGGCUCCGGCAGCUGACAUGUGUUGUUGACGACUUGAAUCUCAAAUACGGCAUCGUCCAUCAGGACAUCUCCGCACGGAAUCUACUCAUCAACCCCGAGACAGACGCCAUCAUGCUGUUCGACUUCAAUUAUAGUGGCCAGAUAGGCGGCAUUGGAUAUAGUAAGCACCGAGACGAUGUGAAGGGAGUUAUAUUCACUCUAUACGAGAUAAUCACCCGCGAUACGCGGUUCCGGAGCGUCCCUCAUCCACGACAGAAUCCAGCCGACGUACAGGAAAUGGAGGAGUGGGUGCAACAUCCAGAUGUCAAACUGGAUAACCCCGUUUCAGAAUUUCGCUCAGUACUAAAUGAGUGGGUGGAUAAAAGACGAAAGGGAAAGCAGAUCACUCUAUACACUGAAGCACCCGAGUACAUUGACUGGCCAGACUUUCCAAUGCCCCCUCCGACGGAUGUCGUAUUCUCAGACGGGAUGGGGAACUCUACAGUUGUGCCAUCAGUCGUCUUGAGCAAUCAGCGCCGUGAUCUGCGAGAGGAGGGCAUCGCCUAUUUAGAUUGGGAACGUCCUGCGCAGAUCAAGCUAGACAAAGAAAAGAUCCUGCUUGCCACUGGGCAAUACCUGACUACAACGUAG